AUGCGACAACGAACGAAAGGCAAGUUCGCAUCAGCAAAGCUUGCAGAUGAUGAACAGGAGCAGGCAGCAGCUCUGAAAGCAACGAUAGAACGUUAUGAUGAGGAAUCCAACAAGAUCACCGUUAUAGAUGUGUUUCGACUGUUAUUUCUCCUACUCUUAGCGUCUUCUGGGCUGUCAUACUUCAUCACUGGCGAUUCAGUAACAUGGGGCGUCAAACCGCAGUUUGCUCGAUGGUCGGCCAUACUUAGCCGGCUUCGUGGCCCCGUCCUCCUCACCCCUUCCGAACUAUCCCUCUACAACGGGACCUCUCCAGAUCUCCCGAUAUACGUGUCCAUCAAUCGUACCGUUUAUGAUGUCUCCGCCUCCCCGCAUGCGUACGGCCCUGGCGGCAGCUAUUCCUUCUUUGCCGGGCGCGAUGCCACUCGUGCUUUCGUCACCGGCUGCUUCGAAGAAGACCUAACGCCCGAUAUGUCUGGCGUAGAAGAAAUGUUCAUUCCCAUAGAAGAUGACGACGACUCCGAGGUGGAGAAGGCUUUGUCAAAGGCGGCGAAGAAGAUUCGAAGGGAGCGAGAGCUGAGGGAGGCGAGACAGCUGGUGUACAAGCAGGUGAAGCACUGGGUGGAUUUCUACGGCAAAAGUGAUAAGUACUUCUACGUCGGGAGGCUGGUGCCGGAGCAGAAUGGGGAAAAUCCAGACAUCAAACAGGAGAAGCGCCAGCUAUGUGAAAAGGCGAAGCAAGAUAGGCCGAGAAGGUCGAAGUUAAGGGCCGAAAAGGAACAGCAAUCAAAGGGAGUGGACCAAGACUAA